AUGUUGGAGGUCGAUGUACGUGGACUGGCCUACCACGGAUACUUGGACAAACUGCGUCAACUGCUCACCGACCCCGUACAUCUAAACAAGAUAAUGCGUGAUGAAUCAAUGGCCAGCACUCGAUUGCAAGAUGAAUUAGUGGCUGAGAUCGCCACAAUGCGCAACCAUCUUCAUAUUGUGCGCUAUCUACACCAACAUCCAAUGAAUGAUUUGAUCUUCAAUGGCUACGAGUUGCAGACGUCCGCACGACAUGGUCACAUAGAGAUGUCGCGCUUCCUCUAUGAGAACAGACCAGCAUCACGCAGCGACAAGAUCCUGAUGACCUCGUUUAAGAAUGCCAUCAAGUGCGGCCACCUCGAGAUCGUUAGCACCAUCCAUGGCUGGCAGUUGGCAAACAAAACCGCCGAAGAGGCCUCGUCCAACAAGGACCAAUUACGGAUCAAGAAGGUCUGGCGAAUGCUCACCCUGGGCAAGAAGAGCAAGAAUAAGAAGAAAGCCUCGCCAAGCUCAGGCGUUGAGGUGGAUGAUUGCAUGGACAUUGCCGCGCGUUAUGGACGCCUGGAUAUUGUAAAGUGGCUUCACGAGAACCGCUCUGAUACGGGGUGCACGACGUCGGCCAUGGACUGGGCAGCAUACUGUGGCCAUCUCGAAAUUGUCAAGUUCCUCCACGAAAACAGGACAGAGGGCGGCACUGAAAAGUGCUGGUUGGAGGCGGCUGAGAAUGGCCACCUCGAGGUGAUCAAGUUCCUUCACCACAAUCGCACGGAGCCAUGCACACCAGAGGUGAUGGAGCACGCCGCCAUGCAGGGACGGAUGGCGGUGGUACAGUGGCUGCACUACAAUCGAACGGAAGGCUGCACAAACAAGGCCAUUGAUCAUGCCGCCAUGAGUGGACACUUGAAUGUCAUCAAGUGGUUGUUUGACAAUCGCACAGAAGGCUGUUCAUACAUGGCUUUGGACAACGCCGCGGCAUUCGGCCACAAGGACAUCGUGGUGUACCUCCACGAAGUCAUAUCAGCACCCUGUUCCAAACAAGCGAUGACCAAUGCAGCGAUGAUCGGUAAGCUGGACAUUGUCGAGUAUCUACAUGAUAAUAGAACCGAAGGAUGUCACCGAGCUGCCAUGACAUCCGCAGCAUUCAAUGGCUACUUUGAAGUGGUGAAGUUCCUGCAUCAUAAUCGAACCGAGUGUUCCAACAAAGAGGAUGCUAUACGUGCAGCUCAAUCAAGUGGACACAAAGACAUUGCCUACUACUUGCAAAUAUCAACCAAGAAUUAA